AUGAAACGCACGUUGCACGGGUUAAAUCUCACAAACUUACCACUUACAACUAGACUAGAAUUUGAGAGUUUUGACGUCCGGGGAAAACAUUUAUCAGAAGCCCGCCACUGGUCAGCUCCAGAGGUGUUUGGACCACGGGCCCACUUUUCCACAUCCCCACCUCCAGCUUCCCUUCUCGUGAGGGACGUAAAGAGACGUGAUGAAGGCGUCUACCGGUGUCGUAUCGACUUCCGAAACACGCAGACUACUAGUUUUAGAUACAACCUCACAGUUGUUGUACCACCUGAGAAGCCUGUGGUGGUGGAUCGAUGGGGUCGAGUCAUUAACAGCACUACUUUGGGCCCUCAUGAAGAAGGGGAUGACGUUUUAUUAACGUGUAGAGUUCUUGGGGGACGUCCUGAACCCUCAGUUAGAUGGCUAGUCAACGGAGUGUUAGUUGACGAAGAGUACGAACAUAACACUGGUGACGUCAUCGAGAAUAGGCUCAUGUGGCCUGCGAUAAGGAGGGCUGACUACGCAGCGGUCUUCACUUGCCAAGCAGCCAAUUCCCACCUGGUUCCACCCAAGGAAGUCUCUUUGGUUUUGGACAUGUUUUUAAGACCACUAACAGUAGAAAUAAAGAAACCAGCUGAGAUGGGGGACGGCGGUGUACUCACGGCAGAGCGACGGUACGAAGUUGCCUGCGAGUCAGCCGGUAGUCGACCACCAGCUGUUAUCACUUGGUUCAAAGGAAAACGGCAAUUGAAGAGAAUAACUGAGGAGUUACGGGAUAAUCUAACGAUAAGUGUAAUGAGUUUCGUGCCGACGUUGGACGACGAUGGAAAACCGAUCACAUGCAGAGCUGAAAAUCCUAACGUGACCACACUAUUUCUUGAAACAACGUGGACUAUAAACGUCGUGUAUCCUCCUGUCGUAAAACUAAGAUUAGGCAGUUCUUUAGCAGCCGGAGACAUCAAAGAAGGUGAUGAUGUGUACUUCGAAUGUCAUGUCCGAGCUAACCCCAUAGUGAGGAAGUUGUCUUGGCUUCAUGAUGACCGGCCACUCGUUCAUAACGCUACAGCGAGAGUUUUCCACAGUAACCAGAGUCUGGUCUUACAGAAAGUCACGAGAUAUAGCAGUGGUAGAUACGCCUGCUCUGCCCUCAAUGCUGAAGGCGAGACCGUGUCAAACGAACUACAUUUUAGGGUUAAAUAUGCUCCCUCGUGCAGAAGUGGCAGUACAACUGGAGUAUCGGUAGUGGGGGCAGCACGGGGCGAGUCCGUAGUAAUAGUGUGUGAAGUUGACGCUGAUCCACCAGCAGCUGUCUUCAAGUGGAAGUUCAAUAACUCUGGCGAAACGAUAGAUGUUGCGGCUGACAGAUACACUUCCAAUGGCAGUGCUUCUAGCUUAAAAUAUACUCCAGUGGCCGAUCUCGACUAUGGCACUCUGUCGUGUUCAGCUUCUAACGAAGUGGGCAAUCAACUCACUCCUUGUGUCUUCCAAAUGGUGGCAGCAGGUAAGCCACACCCACCAAGGAAUUGUACGCUGUGGAAUCAAACGUCUGAUUCGGUAGAAGUAUCCUGCGUGGCUGGUUUUGAUGGUGGUCUUCCGCAACACUUUCUCCUUGAAGUUUACUCGGGGGAUGAGAUAAAACCCAGGAUAAACCUGACAUCCGACGAGCCUGUAUGGACAGUUCGCGGUCUAGAAUGGGAUGUGCGCUUCCGUCUUGCUGCUGUAGCUGUAAAUAAUAAGGGUCGAUCGCCACCUACACCACUAGAAGACGUACUCUUCAGAGACCCGGAGAAAAGAACUGCAUCUGAAACUACACUCGGCGCCGGCGCAGCUGGUGCAGCAGGAGCUACCGUAAUCGGAGCUGGCGCUGCUCUAGCUCUUGCUGUUACAGCAUGGCGAGCAGCAAGACGAAGAAGGGCGCCAAGGAAAUCACCACCAUCAGCGCAACUCGAUAAACCCACCGACCAUGAUGACGCAGAACCUGAUCUCAUACCUAAUAACUACUGUGAAACGUCAAGUGCGCCAUGUUUGGCAGUUUCGUCGCCGAAUAGAACUGCGCCGGCGCCGCUUCCUACACCUGCCUGCAACGGCCCUGGUGCAUCAUGGACUUGGAGUGCCCGCGCCACCACCCCUUCUGUGUCCCUCGGCAGGAGUGCUUCAGCGUCACUACGAGCAACAAACACCCAAGACUUAAACGUCGAUGCUAUUAAAGAGAAACUGCUUGAUAACCGCAUACCCGAAUCGUGUGUGUAA